AUGAAUCUGAGAAUUCUUCAAUUUACUCUAGUGCUGGUAAAUGGAAUCCUUACAAAAGUUAUUGCUCAAGACCCUUGCUCUGCAUCAGUGUAUACAGAACUGGGAGAUUUAGCGAAAAGAAACCCAACUUACGUCCAGGAUUCUGUCCCAGUAUGUGACAGAUACAUUGAUCGGAAGUGGUAUAGGGCACGCUUCCACCAGAUGCCAACAUCCGCGCCUUCAUUAGGGAUGUGUGGGACAACGUAUCCCUACUGGAUGGAUGGUGUUACUGAAGUUCCAUCAAGUAUAACAGUAGCUUACCACAGCGUUUCCUGGACAACAGUAAUAGUAGGAAUAAAGACGAUACAUGAACCCGAUGUUCAUUUUGUCUGUCAGUUUCAAAGAUUGGCUGACCAGAAUCUUUAUUACGAAAUCACGUGGUAUGUUGACAAUACAGAAGUUUUCCGCAAUCAAACAAUAUCUGCAUCCGAUGCAGCUUUGUUAUCAGGGACGCAGAUGCUGGCUAAAGGCAAGAAGGCUAACUCGAUGAUCCACUGUGUGGUUGGGGCAAAAUUUAAGAUAGGUGACAGUCCUUGCGAAACCAAUCCAAGUUCUCUAUUCUUUGCAGGAAUAAAGGUUUUGACCCCAAUACUUCGCAUCAAUAGGGGUCAAAGUGCAGAAGUGGAACUACAGCUUACAAUACCAUUUAUAAAUCAAAAUGGAAUUCUAAACCUUCCGGGGAACACAAUAAACGAUCAGACUCCACUGUAUAUACAAAUGGCUGUACAUAACAGCUCCUCGAGCGUCUGUGACGAUCCAAAUAGAAGAUCUUGUGAUACUGAAAUCAAGGCUUUCAAAUACCACGAAAGGGAUAAAUACAACACAAAUGAUUGGAAAGUUGUACACAAAAUAAAAGUUCAAAAUAAACACGAUGGUGACUUCAGACUAAUCGACAAACACAUCACUCUGCGUUUUGAUACUGGAUUAACAAAUGGUCCAGGUAGCAAAAUCUGGGAAUAUAUCACGCUUCCAGAUAUACAGGUUUAUAUAGAAGACAGCAGUUCAGCGUGGAAGGGGAAAAAUUGUGAAUCUCACACAGAUCCACAUAUGAAGACAUUUGAUGGAAAAUAUUAUGAAUGUCAGUUGGAUGGGACUUUUAUAUUGUACCGAAACCAAAUCUUCCAACAAGAGGUACAAGAAAAACACCAUAUGUGCCAUCCUGCCUAUUCCUACCCAAGAUGCACGUGCGCUGUUGCUGUAAGAUCAGGAAAAGACGUUUUCAUCGUAGAUAUAUGCAAUACGCAAACGGUCAUCAACUUCCCUUCUUGUGAGGAUAAAGUUUUAAAAGUCAUCAAAGCAUCUGACAAAUUCUACAAGGUCAUUUUACCAACAGGAACGUUAGUGGAAAUUAAAUUUGUAUCCUGGCCGAAUUGGAAUGACUGGCAGUUAAACAUUGACAUUUUCCCCUCACCUUCUGAUGUAGGGAAUUCUAGCGGACUGUGUGGAAUCCUUGAUGAUAAUUACAGAAAUGACUUCACUUGGAAUAAUCCUGAUAAGACAGUGGACAACCCUGAUCUCUACCACUAUUAUAAUCAUCCAAACGGAUUUUCUGAUUCCUGGAGGGUUAAAAAUGGUGAAAUAGACCUCUUUGACAACAAUGUCUAUGGUAGUCUGAAUUCCAUAACCACAGUUUUCGAUCGUAUUUGUACCUGUAAAAAGAAAGCCAACAAUCCCCAGGACGGAGACAUUGUCUGUAGUUACGGUAAUUACAAGAACUGCAAGUUUGCGGUGGGAAAAAGAUACUUCUGUAUCUUAAAUCCUGAAGGGCAGUUGAGAAGAAAAAGAGAUUUACGCCAUUUACAGUCGUUAGCAGCCAGUCAUUUACCUAAACUUGUACUUACUUAAUUCCGUUGUCUCUUGAAUCAGAAUCGAGUAAAACGGCAGACUAAUACUGAUGUGAUGUCAAACGAGAAUGCAACGGCCAUAUGCAAUGAAGCAUUUCAAGCAUCGGAUUCGUAUUUGAUGUGUCAGGAGCACGUCAGUGAUCUUGCAAACACGUCAUUGUUUAAUUGUAUUUCUGAUGUCAUGAUGACUGGAGACGUGAACAUCACUAAAAUUCACAUAGAAGCAGCUCUAGAGCAAUGUUCAACUUUUGUUGUUUUAAAUAGUACUUUCCAGGAAACAGAACCAGAUAUAACAUACAGAAUUGAGAGUCUUUGUGAAAACAACUGUAGCGGAAAUGGUAUAUGCAAUUCUGGUAACUGUACUUGCAAUAGUGGGUAUGCAGGAAGCGAUUGUUCCUUUGAUCUGUCUGGUCCUCCGUCAAUAACACACAUCUCUGACUUCGGAUUAUGUGACAGGUCUUCCGAAGCGUGUGAUGACAUUACUCUAUAUGGCAAAUACUUUCUGGAAAAUAUGAACACAACUUGUUACUUGAGGAGAAAAACGCUGGCUGAGGAUGGUACAAUUUUGUCCGAACAAAACUAUGAAGCCAGUCUUCAAGAAAGGACAUUGUUUGAGGGGUACUGUCCCCUUGAUUACAACACAGAUGACCACUGGAUCACAAAAUUUAGUUUCAAUGUCUCAAAUGACGGCAGUAGAUAUACUGACAACUAUAAUGUCUACACCUAUCAGGCUCUCUGUCAGGAACUCAGGAAUGAUACCGGGAACAUAACAUUUAUAUUUAAGGAUGGUUAUUGCUACAUUAACAAUACUUGUGUGGCUGCUGGAGAUACAAAUAAAGACAAUCUCUGUGAUAUCUGCAAUACUGCAAAUAAUAAAUAUCAGUGGUCAUUCAACACAGGACACUGUUUUAUUGAUGGGCAGUGUUUCAAAGCUGGAGCAAUAAAUGGAACAAAUCCUUGCAGUGUGUGUAACCCAUCUCUCAACAUAACAGCCUGGUCUCCUAAUCCAGGGUUCUGUUUUAUUAGUGACAUCUGUUAUUUUGAUGGUCAAAUUAAUCCAAACAACAACUGUGACGUUUGUCAGUCAAAUAUAUCACAGAAUGACUGGAUAUUCAAUGAAGGUUACUGUCUCAUCGAUGGAUUGUGUGUCAAGAACGGAGACGCACAUGUCAGUAUGGACUGUAAAAUGUGUAACACCAGUGUAAAUAAAAACAUAUGGCAAUUAAAGAAUGGUUAUUGUCUCAUAGAAGAUUCUUGUGUUGUGGAUGGAGGCACAAACUCCACGUACCCCUGUCUGUAUUGUAAUGUCUCGGAAAAUCAGCUCUCUUGGAGCAAAAACCCAGAUUAUUGCCUGAUUGACGGUUUCUGUAUUAAAGAAGGUGAAAAUCUUACAUCUCACAAUUGUAAAAUUUGUGAUCCAAGUGAGAACAAGACAGGUUGGACACUCUCACAAGAUUACUGCCUCAUUAGUGAUGCUUGUGUCAUCAAUGGAGGAGCAAACACAACACACCCAUGUGAAAUCUGUAACAUCUCGGUCAGCAACUACAUGUGGACACAAGACACAGGCCAUUGCUUCAUUGAUGGUAUUUGUGUUCAAAACGGAGAAGCAGAGAAAGAUUAUCCCUGUAAAUCGUGCAAUUCUAGUACUAACAUUACUCACUGGCAGUAUAAUAAUGGAUAUUGCAUCAUAGCUGAUAAGUGCAUUUCAAAUGGAGAGAAAAACAUUUCUAAUCCAUGUGAUGUUUGUGACAUCUCUAUCAACAAACAUUCCUGGUCACAAAAUCCAGAUUUUUGCAAAAUUGGUGAGUUGUGUGUUACCAAUGGAGAAAGAAAUGCAACUAAUGAAUGUUUUUACUGCAACACUACUCUUGGACGUAAUACGUGGUCAUUUCUUGAAGGCCAUUGCUUCAUUGAUGGUAUUUGUGUUCAAAACGGAGAAACAGAGAAAGAUUAUCCCUGUAAAUCGUGCAAUUCUAGUACUAACAUUACUCACUGGCAGUAUAAUAAUGGAUAUUGCAUCAUAGCUGAUAAGUGCAUUUCAAAUGGAGAGAAAAACAUUUCUAACCCAUGUGAUGUUUGUGACAUCUCUAUCAACAAACAUUCCUGGUCACAAAAUCCAGAUUUUUGCAAAAUUGGUGAGUUGUGUGUUGCCAAUGGAGAAAGAAAUGCAACUAAUGAAUGUUUUUACUGCAACACUACUCUUGGACGUAAUACGUGGUCAUUUCUUGAAGGCCAUUGCUUCAUUGAUGGUAUUUGUGUUCAAGACGGAGAAACAGAGAAAGAUUAUCCCUGUAAAUCGUGCAAUUCUAGUACUAACAUUACUCACUGGCAGUAUAAUGAUGGCCAUUGCUUCAUUGAUGGUAUUUGUGUUCAAGACGGAGAAACAGAGAAAGAUUAUCCCUGUAAAUCGUGCAAUUCUAGUACUAACAUUACUCACUGGCAGUAUAAUGAUGGUUACUGUAACAUUGAUGACAAGUGCUUAAAAGAAGGAGAAAACCACACCCUUUAUAGCUGCAAAAUUUGUGAUACUACUCAGGACAAAAGCAGCUGGACAAUAGCAGCAGAUUACUGCCUUAUCAAUAAUAUGUGUGUUCAUGAUGGAGAAUCGAACAAAACUUACCCAUGUGAGGUCUGCAACAUCUCACAGAGUAGAUACACGUGGUCACCUAACAAUGAAUACUGCGAGGUAGAUAACAUGCGUAUUCCCAAUGGACAGAAGAAUUCAUCAAGUGAAUGUUUCUAUUGUAACACAUCCUUAGAUCGAAGUGCAUGGUCGCUUAUUCAAGAUUGCCCCCUAACAACUAAGGUACAAACGACAAGCACAGCUGAACCAACAACAACAGUACAAACAACAAGUACAACUAAACCCACAACAACAGUACAAACAACAAGUACAACUGAACCCACAACAACGUUACAAGCAACAAGUUUAACUGAACCCAUAACAACCAUACAAACAACAAGUACUACUAAACCCACAACAACCACACAAACAACAAGUACUACUGAGCCCACAACAACCAUACAAACAACAGGUACAACUGAAUCCACAACAACAGUACGAUCAACAAGUACAGCUGAACCCACAACAACAGCACAAACAACAAGUACAACUGAACCCACAACAACAGUACAAACAAGUACAACUAAACCCACAACAACAGUACAAACAACAAGUACAACUGAACCCACAACAACAGUUCAAACAACAAGUAAAGCUGAACCCACAACAACAGUUCAAACAACAAGUACAACUGAACCUUCAACAACAAGUACAACUAAGGGAACUUCAACGACAACAACUUACGACAGAAUGACCACAUCAUCUUGUAAAAAGACAAUGUUUUUUUGUGUUGAAAUGAACACUGAAAAUAUUACCGUAACCUAUUAUAACGUCUCUUGGAACACAUCAAUCAAAAUAGAAGGAGCAACAAAGCGGACCAUACACAAUCCUUCUGUCAAUUUAAAAUGUAAUUUUGCCUCCUUCUCUAACAAUCUGUUCUACAAAGUGGAGUGGUAUGUUGACAAACACAUACUCGUCAAAUCAGAAGUGCUAGGAGGAUCGUCUGACAAAAAUGCUAUAUUAUCGUUAUAUGAUUUGAUUUCCAUGAACAAGAGGUCUGGAAUUCAGAUGAAUGACACUAAACUCAGUCUUCCAAGAAAAGGCAAAGCUCAGAUUGGAUUUUACUUAACUGUUCCAUUCGUUACACAAACAGUCAUCUUAAAUGAUACUGUACAGGCACUCCGCCCCCUGACGGUUCACAGUAAUAUUAUCCCUAUGUCAGAGAACGGUUGUAAAGGAUCUAUAGGAGUGAAUCAAUGUUCUGUAGAAAUCAGUGCGUAUUCCUAUGAUGAAAAGAACAGGUAUGAAUCAGAUGAAUGGAGAAAAGUGCACUACAUCACGGUGUAUCACAUUGACACAGAUGGUUAUAGCAUCGACGCAACAGCCACUCUUUAUUUGAGGACAAGUGAAAAUGAAGAUGGAUUUUUCCAUAAUGUUUCUUUAGACAAUACAUUGAUUGAAAUUUUUGAAGUGCAUGAUACUUGGAAAGGAAAAUCCUGUGGGUCAAAAACUGAUCCCCAUUUGUACACAUUUGAUGGAGUGGCAUUCGAAAGCCACAUUGAAGGAGAAUUCAUUUUGUAUCGUAAUUCGUUAUUCAAUCAAGAGAUUCAAACUCGUCACGAGAAAUGCCACACGAACUACCCUUUCCCGCAAUGUACGUGUGCUGUUUCUGUGCAGUCAGGAAGUGACGUGUUUAUGAUUGACAUUUGUGGAAACAACAAUUUUAUGGAUUUUCUUAGAUGUCAAGAUAACGUCAUUGAAGUAUAUAAAAUCACAGACAAACUCUAUAAGGUUCUUCUUCCGACUGGCACCACUGUGGUUGUAUCUUUAGUUGAGUGGCCUGUUGAAGGAUCCUGGCAGAUAGAUAUAGAUAUCUACCCAUCACUUGCUGACGUAAACAACACCGCAGGUCUCUGUGGAACAUUAGAUGGCGAUAGAAGAAACGAGUUUAUCCAUCAGAAUGGAAGCAGCGAUAGCUCGGUGUUGGAAUAUCCUGAUGAUUUUUCUAGAUCUUGGAUGGUCAAGAGCGAUGAAAAUCUGUUAAACAGCGCACCGUCAGAUCGACCAUCAAUAUCCUCCAAUCUCGAUAAGAUCUGUACUUGUUCUCCAAGUGGAAAUCAAUGUACUUAUCAGACAUUUUCACAAUGUUCAAAAGCAACAGGGAAGCGGUACUAUUGCACUCAAACAGCAAACCAGAUACAGUCACUACGUAAAAAGAGGGAUGUUCAUCUGAAUAGUUAUCUACCGUCUUCUUUACACGAGCGACAUAAACGGUCUCAGUCAAUUUAUGUCACAACAGAGGCUGAAGCAGGGAAUGUCUGUAAAUCUGCCUUUAACAGUUCAGAGCCAUUCCAGAUAUGUAAACAAUAUGUCAGUGAUAUGACCGAUGCCUCUUUAUUGAACUGCAUAAUGGAUGUCAGAUUGACUGGGGAUGAAAACAUAACAGCUAUCCAUAUCGAAGCUGCUCUUAAGCAGUGUGUCAACUUCCUAGAUCUGAAUACCACACUGAAAACAGAGCAACCGGAUGUCACGUAUCAACUUCAGUCGCUAUGCUCAAAUAACUGUAGUAGUCAUGGCAUUUGCAAGGAGGGUAACUGCACAUGUGACUUUGGGUUCGGAGGAAGUGACUGCUCCUUCAAUGUCCAAGCACCACCAACGAUUCUAAGCAUAUCUCCAAACGGAUCCUGUGACAUGUCUUUGCGCACUUGUUCCGAAGUUCUUCUAGACGGCAGAUACUUCCUAGAGAACAUUAACAAAACAUGUUUCAUAACCAUACAACUGAUUCACUAUGACAACACUGUCUUGGAUACCAAAGACAUUGAACAACCUCUGGAUGACAGAACCCUAUUUCAGGGGGCGUGUCCUUUGCCUGAUGACAGAAGGACCAAAUGGAUCACCAAAUUCACAUUUAACAUAUCUUACGAUGGAAAACAGUUCACGCAAACAUAUUCAGUGUAUAAAUAUCAGUCGGAAUGCCAGGAGAUCUCUUAUGAUAAGGGUGUUGAGCAGUUUUCACUUAAGGCAGGGUACUGUUUCAUUGAUAACAAAUGCGUAAGAAGGGAAACUUCAAAUCCGGUCAACAGCUGUGAGGUUUGCAGUCCUUCAAGUCAAAAGUUUAACUGGUCAUUGUAUAAAGAUUGUGUUUCAACCACGUUUUCACCAACAACCAAAUCUCCAAUAUCCAGUCCAGCUUUCAUCAUAAGUGUCUCUGCUGUUUCCUUUGUUUUUGUUGUGACUUUAAUAGUUGCCAUUCUUGUCUGGCGAUAUCGAUCGUCUGCUGGACGUCACUUAAAUGAUGAUGACUCAACAAAGGACUUAAAGCUUCCAAACUGGAGGACUUACUUUGACGAGGGGGGAAAAUUCAAUGAGUUUUACAUACCUAGAGGUCGACGGCACUCUGGUCAGCAUUACACGAACGGUGAAAAUAACUAUCAGUGCUGAAUUGACUUAAAUCCUCAGAAUAAUUCGAAUUUAUUGUCUUUCAACAUUUAACAUAUCAGCCGAUAUGUCUUUAGUUUAAAUACAUUUGAAGCUUUACCUAUAAAAGUGAAGAUUCGUUGUAAUCAUUGUUCUAAUAGAAAUAUCGUGUCAGCUGUAAAUGGCUUCGUAUUCUAGGUUCAUUCAGAAUCCAUUAUUACUUAAGAAGUAAACGAGAACCUUAUAUCUUCUAAAAAAAACAUACAGGAAAGAAAGACUACUAAUAAAGUAGUAUAUUCUUCCCUUACAUUUGCAUGUUGUGUGAGUUUAUUGUUUCUUUUCAC